UGAUAGAGCAUUGAGUCAUUUCAAACUAUUUAUUGGUCUGUACUUGCUUCAGUCCCUGCAUGUGCGGAUAGGUGUGGAUUGAAGGGUGUGGGUGGUAGAAGGCAUGAGGACUUUUUUGUGUAGGACCGACACAUGUCCUCGGCGCAAACGUUAAUUCCACAAGAUAUAGGGAUCUAGUAAACAAUGUCCGAGGAGAAAGAGGAUAAAGACUCGUUAAAGGAAUCUAGACCUAGCUGGAGCCGUCACUUAGAUUUCGUCAUUACAUGCGUGGGCAAUGCUGUCGGUCUGGGUAAUAUUUGGAGGUUUCCACAUCUUGCGUAUGUCAAUGGUGGAGGGGCGUUCCUUAUUCCAUAUACCAUCAGCUUGAUCUUUAUGGGAAUACCACUGUUCUGUUUGGAGCUUCUUAUUGGACAGUUUUCUAAUUCUGGACCGUUAACUAUAUGGGAGCUGAAUAUUCUGUUUAAAGGUCUAGGGUACACUACGUUAUGGCUGGCCACAAUUAUCUGCAUCUACUACAACCUGGUGGUCGCCACUUCCUUCUUCUACCUGUUUGCGUCCAUGCAGAGUACUGUUCCUUGGUCCACCUGCGGCAACGACUGGAACACCUGCUACUGUCGGACCCGCGGCAUGAACACAAGCCUGGAUGAUCCCCUCCUGUGGUUCAACUCGACCGGACUAAACUGCACUGGAAUUGAUUUUAAGCCUGAGGAUGUUAAAAGCUCAUCUGAAGAAUAUUAUUACAAAUAUGUCCUUGAAGCGACUGGAGGAAUCUACGACCUCGGCAAAGUAAAAUGGGAUAUAACUCUCUGUAAUCUACUAGCCUGGGUGAUUAUCUGCGCUUGUCUUAUCAAUGGUGUCAAGACUAUGGGCAAAGCUGUCUACUUCUUUGCACUGUUCCCGUAUGUUUUAAUGACUAUACUGCUAGUCAGAGGAGUCACUCUGGAUGGGGCCAAGAAAGGAAUAGACUAUUACCUCAGCCCCGACACCUCUAAACUAACAGAGGCAAAGGUGUGGAAAGCGGCGGCCUCCCAGAUCUUCUUCUCGUUAAGUUGUUGCACCGGAAGUCUGACAGCGAUGUCCAGUUACAACAAGUUUGACAACAACGUCCUCAGAGACAGCAUAACGAUUCCAAUCAUCAACUGUUUGACAAGUUUCUAUGCUGGAUUCGCCAUUUUUUCCAUUUUGGGAUUCAUGUCUGUCAAUACAGGCGUUUCUGUAGCCAACGUAACAACUGAUGGUCAAGGUCUUAUUUUUGUUGCGUAUCCAGAAGCGUUGUCUGAGUUACCAGUUCCUCAACUGUGGUCUUGUUUCUUCUUCUUCAUGCUUAUCUGUCUUGGUCUUAGCACACAAUUCCCCAGUGUGGAAGCGGUGUUAACAGGUCUCCAAGAUGAAUUUUCAAGUCUGCGCAAGAAAAAGUACGCCAUGAUGUUCCGAGUCAGUGUGUGUGUCAUCGGUUUCCUGGUGGGUUUGCCCAUGUGUACACAGGGAGGUACUUACCUACAAGACUUAUUUGACAACGCUGUUGGCCUCCCCCUUCUUCUCGUGGGAUUCCUGGAAAUUUUCGCCAUCGUCUGGAUUUAUGGCUUGAAAAGAUUCACUGAAGAUGUAAUGUUGAUGGUAGGUGGCGUGAAGUCAGGGAGGAUACUAUUCUAUGCGUACUAUGUAUGGAACUGGGUCUUCUUCGCACCACUUCUUAUACUUGGUAUUAUUGUAUUCGAAUGCAUUCAAUACGAACCAAUCAUCGAUGAGCAUUACCCAGCGUGGUCCGAGGCUAUAACAUGGAGUACUGUUGGUUUUAUUAUGGUCUGGAUGCCAGCUUGGUACAUAAUCAAGUUCUGCUUAGAAUGGAAGAAGGAAGAUUUCAAACAUGGAGGCAGACUUUUCGUUCAACUGAAUCAGCCGACCAUCAAGUGGGGGCCAAGGGACGCGGAAAACAGAACACUCCCACGCUAUCAAAAGUACCUUCUUGAACAGAAAAACAAAGGUGAUAUCUUACAGCAUCAAAACCAUCAAACAGACGUUCCCAUGGAAACUAAAGCAGUUCAAGGUCAUGACAACGAAGCAUUUACUCCGGAAACAGUUAUGUCUUGGAAGUUUUAAUUCAAAGACAAUUAAAUAUUAUAUCUUCAAAUAUACAACUUAUAUCUAUUGCCUGUUCAAAUCUAUUUGAAAUUAUUGAAUUUGUAACAUUUUUUUUGACAUAUCAUUAAAUAUCGUUGUAUAUACUCAUUUAUAGUUAAGUACUUAUAUAAUUACAAUUUGACACGCAUCGGUCACUACUGUCAUUGUUUUUAUAAAAGAAACAAAUGCACAUGAUUUUCGCAACGAAAUUCAUGUACAUUGACUGAUAGUAAAAAAUAAAUAUUAUAUUGUAAAUAUAAA